CAUCCUUUCACACAAUAACAGUAGAUCAACGAUCCAACAAGUCAAAAUGAAAUUCUUACUUAGUGUCUUUGCAGUGGUUGCCUUAAUGGCCCUAUUCGUCUUUGCUGAGGAGGAAGAGAUGAAGCCAACGAUAUUCCGAGGAUUUGACAGUGAUACCCGAACACGAUGCAUCGAUAGAGAUUGCUUUGAAUUAUGCACUAAUCAGUCUGCAAAAUUUGGUCUCUGCAUCCUAGGACAAUGUUAUUGCGUAAAAUAGUAGAGCAUGGGAUAAUUCAUCACUUCUUAUUAUACAGGAAUCCAAAAUAAAUUAGUUUAUUGAAAAUA